UGUUUACGUUUGGACGCGCGUCUGCUAUUUGUGUCCGCUUCUUCGGCAACCGAUAGAAUGUCUGCGUUUGUGAAGCGAAAUAUAAAAAAUAAAGGCGCCAGAAAGCGCCAAAAAUCGUCCGAAUCAGAUGAAGCGGAAGAGGAAUCUAGCUCCGUCGUCGUUGUGCAGGAUAAGCGCAAGAAGGCGAACCCGAACGUGCAGAGCACGUCGGCGCUAAGGAAAAAGCAGGCCCGCUCGUCGAACGCCGACUCGUCGCACUCGAGCGACGAUGAGGAGAGUGCCGGCUUGAGCUACAAAUCGAAACGAUCGGCCCAACCGGAAGGUCCGCGCGACCAGGGCGCAACGGCCGAGCUGGAGAUCGAAACGGAAAAGGACCGCGAUGCGCAAGCGAUCUAUCAGAAGAGCAUCGACAUCAACAAGGAGCUGGAGGGCAAGGAGGACGAUAAGGUGUACCGGGGGUUGAACAAUUACACCCAGUUCUUCAAGAAGAAGGACAGUGCGCAGGGCAACGCGGCGUCGGGCAUGGUGCGGAAGGGGCCGAUACGGGCACCGGCCAACAUUCGGUCGACCGUGCGGUGGGACUAUCAGCCGGACAUUUGCAAAGACUACAAAGAGACGGGAUACUGUGGGUUCGGGGAUAGCUGUAAGUUUUUGCACGACCGUAGCGAUUACAAGCACGGAUGGCAGAUGGAGCAGGAGGGUGCGGGCUCGGGGCACAAUCACGGGGGCGAUGAUUCGGACGGGGACGAUACCAAGUACGAGAUCCAUUCAGACGAUGAGGAGCUACCGUUCAAGUGUUACGUCUGUCGGGAAAGUUUCGUCGAUCCGAUUGUAACGAAAUGCAAACAUUACUUCUGCGAACGAUGUGCUUUGGCGCAGUACAAGAAAUCGUCCCGUUGUGCGAUAUGUGGCGUACAGACGAAUGGUAUGUUCAACCCGGCGAAGGAGCUAAUAGCACGCCUGAAGAGCAGAGAACUGGAAGAGCACGAAUCGGAUAGUGAUUAAUAUUGUGUAUUAUGAACACGGAGCCCGUGUUUUCGUUUCCAGUAGCAAUAGUGUGAAAGAAAGCAAGGUAACUCGUGUAAAAUUUCGUCUUGGGUUCACCUCUUAUAAACCAAGGCCCUCAUGGGCUGGAUUGACUUUCCCGCUAUGGAUAAAACAGUAGUAAACUUAACACUUUGAAAUGGAAACAAAUAUAAUUAUUAUACGACAAAUUUAAUAAAUCUUAAAUAAGAUAUAGACAA